UAGGAUUGGAGAUGAGUUUGUUGGUUUUGCAUUCCUUUUGUGGAGUAAAGAAAGACAUAUCGACUGAACUAAAUAGGCUGCCCAAACACCAAGUCCACUGAAAAUGUCUAAACUACAGUUGUUGAGUUUGUUUUUAAAUGAUCGUUUAACGCCGGCUGAUGUGGAUAUCUUUGAAGCUGUUGAGAAAACGGUAGUGAAAUACCAGGAGGAAAAUGCUCUGCUACGGAGACUGCUGCGGAUCACACCGGAGAUAAAACUAUGUAGAACAGACUCCCUGCAGCUCUCUGUCUCUGAAGAGGAGGUUCCCCCUGAGCAGGAGUGGAGCCCCAGUCUGGGACAGAAGGACCCAGAGACCAAACAGAUUAAAGAGGAAGAGGAGGAAGUCAGGACCAGUCAGGAGGAAGAGCAGCUUCAAGGGCUCUUUGAUACCAAAGACUCCAUAUUCACUCCUUCCUGUGUGAAAAGUGAAUGUGAUCAGAUGGACCCAUGUCAAGAAGCCGUACUAGCUGAACACCCAACUCUCAGUCCACUGAAAACGUCUAAACUACAGUUGUUGAGUGUGUUGUUAAAUGAAUGUUUAACGGCGUCUGCUGCUGUGGAGAUUUUUGGUGCGAUUGAGGAAACAGUAGCAGAGUACCAGGAGGAGAAUGAUCUGCUACGGAGACUGCUGGGGAGGACACCAGAGAUACAACUAUGUCGAAUAGACUCCCUGCAGAUCUCUGUCUCUGAAGAGGAGGUUCCCCCUGAGCAGGAGUGGAGCCCCAGUCUGGGACAGAAGGACCCAGAGACCAAACAGAUUAAAGAGGAACAGAAGGAAGUCAGGACCAGUCAGGAGGAAGAGCAGCUUCAAGGGCUCUUUGUUACCAAAGUCUCCAUAUCCUCUUCUUCCUGUGUGAAAAGUGAAUGUGAUCAGGAGGACCAAACCCAGACUGUGGAGAACAGAGAGAGUGACUCUAAACCAGUGGAUCUCACACCUUUUGUCACUGUGACCCACCUAAAGGGUCUCAACAUUCCCUGUGACCCUCCAGAUAAUCAAAACAAUGCCUCCAGACACAGUUCAGCUGUAAGCAGCGACCCAGUAGGACUUGACAGUAGCCCACCAUUGGAUCCCAACCCACCAAUGGGGGAACACUGUUCCAAACCCAGCACCACAUCUAGAAAAACUCACAGCUGCUGUGACUGUGGUGAAUCUUUUGCUCUGAAAGCUGAUCUGCAGAAGCAUGUGACUCUCACCAAGAAGAGACCCAGUGAAUGUGUCUUCUGCAAUAAACACUACAAAUCCACCUGUAAACUAAAGGCCCACGUCCAACUCUGUCACGGUGUGAAACCUUUCACCUGUCCUGUUUGUGGCAAGACCUUCAAACUAAAGAAAUAUCUGUCCAGACACAUCAGGAUGCACACAGGAGAGAGAUCAUUUAUCUGUGGUGACUGCGGGAAGAGCUUCUAUCGCAAGGAGAACCUAACUAUGCACAUACGGACUCACACAGGGGAGAAAUUAUUCAGCUGUGGUGACUGCGGGAAAAGCUUCAGUAUCAAGAAUAACCUCACCAUGCAUAAACUGAUUCACACAGGAGAGAAACCAUUUAGUUGUGGUUACUGUGGGAAGAGCUUCAGUCAGAAGGGGGACCUAGGGAGGCAUAUAUUGAUUCACACAGGGGAGAAACCAUUUAGCUGUGAUGACUGUGAUAAAAGGUUCAGACACAAGGGGUCACUAACCAAACAUAUAUGGACUCACACAGGAGAGAAAUCGUUUAGCUGUGGCGACUGUGGGAAAAACUUUUAUCGUAAGGAACACUUAACCGUGCAUCUACUGACUCACACAGGAGAGAAACCAUUUAUUUGUGGUGACUGUGGGAAGAGCUUUAAUCAGAAGGGGUCCCUUAAGGCACAUAUAUUGAUUCACACAGGAGAGAAAUUAUUUAUCUGUGGUGACUGUGGGAAAAGCUUCAGUCUGAAGAAGCACUUAACUGUGCAUAUACUGACUCACACAGGGGAGAAACCAUUUAGCUGUGGUGACUGUGGGAAAAGCUUCAGUCAGAAAGCCCACCUAAAUAAUCAUAUACGUACUCACACAGGAGAGAAACCAUUUAGCUGUUGUUACUGUGGGAAAAGCUUCAGUCAGAAGGGGGUCCUAGGGAGACACAUACUGACUCACACAGGGGAGAAAUCAUUUAGCUGUUGUGACUGUGGGAAAAGUUUCAGUCUGAAGGACCACCUAAAUAAGCAUAUACUGACUCACACAGGAGAGAAACCAUUUAGCUGUUGUUACUGUGGGAAAAGCUUCAGUCAGAAGGGGGUCCUGGGGAGACACAUACGGACUCACACAGGAGAGAAACCAUUUAGCUGUGGUGACUGUGGGAAAAGCUUCAGUCAGAAAGUGGUCCUGGGGAGACACAUACGGACUCACACAGGAGAGAAACCAUUUAGCUGUGGUGACUGUGGGAAAAGAUUUAGUGUCAAUAGAAACUUAAUCAAACACAAACGGAUUCACACAGGAGAGAAAUGCAUAGAUUGAUAAAUGGAAGCAAGAUGUCAAACUAUUGAGCUAAUGUAUACCAUUUUCCUGUAGCUACUUGUUCAUUUUGAAAGGGGCAAAUAGAAGUGUACACUACAAACAGAAGUGUACACUACAAACAGACGUGUACACUACAAACAGAAGUGUACACUGCAAACAGAAGUGUACACUACAAACAGAAGUGUACUCUAUAAUGUAUGAUUUGGCAAGUUAGUCAUUUAACUUGCCAAAAUAAUCUCAAAUAAUGUUUUAGAAAGAUAAGCAUGAAAGGGUUAUGGUCUGAUUGACUCAACAACCCAAAAAACAUAUCUAAGUGUAGGGUACUAAGUGAAUUAGAAAAUCAAUAGUUAUUUCUGAUUGCUUAUCAAAGUUAGCUGGCUAACUCCUCAAACCAGCUACGUAGUAUACCCCUCUGGUUGCUUAUCAAAAUUAGUUGGCUAACUCCUCAAACCAGCUACGUAGUAUACCCCUCUGGUUGCUUAUCAAAAUUAGCUGGCUAACUCCUCAAACCAGCUACGUAGUAUACCCCUCUGGUUGCUUAUCAAAGUUAGCUGGCUAACUCUUCGAUCCUACUUUGUAGUGUACCCCUCUGCAGUUAAAACAACUACAAAGUGGGAACCCACCACUGUUUCGCUAAACAGCUGAGGGAUAGUGUUGGAGAACUGUAAACACUCAAAUUCAGACAGAUUUAUGAUAGUUAAUCUUAUGUAUUACAUUAAAUAUUGCACAAUUUACCGUAUAAGUGCAGAUGAGCGUCAGAGCCGGUGUCGUAGGAGUUUAUCUUAGUCCUGUAUUGACGCUUUGCCUUUUUGAUGGUUUGUCAGAGGGUGUAGAAUUCCUUCUAAGCGUCCCGCUCCUUGAAAGCGUCAGCUCUAGUCUUUAGUUCAGUGCGGAUGUUGCCUGUAAUGCAUGGCUUCUGGUUGGCGUAAUGUACCUACGGUUUGUGUGGACGAUGUUGUCGAUGCACUUAUUAAUGAAGCCGGUGACUGAUGUGGUAUCGGAUGAAUCCCUGAAGCUUGGCUGCAACCCUUCGAAGCCCAUGCUGCCCUUCAGGCCCUAGACUUUUUGCGCUGACGGAAACAGAUUAUCCCAGAUACUACUCCAGCUGCUCUCUGCAUCUGACUGUGUGUUCUCUCAUAGUCUGAGAGCAUCUGGUCGUGGUGGUGGUGGCACAGGGAUACUCAUUUCUCCUAAAUGGAGUCCACUGGUCCCACUCACACAUGCAGUGGUUCCUCAAUUAAAAGGUUUGAGUUUAUGCCGCGACCGUUUGUAGUAGAUGGUGGCAUUCUGUCAUUGUACCAGACUAUCACAAGGGGGAGCUAGAACGCUGAUUUAUCCGUAGUCUAAAUUGUGACAGAAAUGGACUAUAUUUUCCUGAAUGAAUGGAUGCGUUUUCAGUCUGAGAGUCUCUCUUCUCUGGCACUAGAGUCCUGCAUCAGGCAAAAACAAACAAUAAGCUGGCGGUCCUGGAGUUGAGAGAGAACUUGGGUAAAUACAAUGGCUGCAAACACACAUGACAUGUGGACUGACGAUUUUCGAAAAAUAGGUAAGGUGGGCUUUUGGUUUCUCUAUUUUAUAUUUUUUAGACAAUUCAAAACAUACACAUACAAACAACAACUACAUCACACCUGCUCACACCUCCAUCUCCAGACCCACCUGCUCACACCUCCAUCUCCAGACCAACCUGCUCACACCUCCAUCUCCAGACCCACCUGCCCACACCUCCAUCUCCAGACCCACCUGCCCACACCUCCAUCUCCAGACCCACCUGCUCACACCUCCAUCUCCAGACCCACCUGCUUACACCUCCAUCUCCAGACCCACCUGCUCACACCUCCAUCUCCAGACCCACCUGCAUCACACCUCCAUCUCCAGACCCACCUGCAUCACACCUCCAUCUCCAGACCCACCUGCAUCACACCUCCAUCUCCAGACCCACCUGCAUCACACCUCCAUCUCCAGACCCACCUGCAUCACACCUCCAUCUCCAGACCCACCUGCUCACACCUCCAUCUCCAGACCCACCUGCUCACACCUCCAUCUCCAGACCAACCUGCUCACACCUCCAUCUCCAGACCCACCUGCCCACACCUCCAUCUCCAGACCCACCUGCCCACACCUCCAUCUCCAGACCCACCUGCUCACACCUCCAUCUCCAGACCCACCUGCUUACACCUCCAUCUCCAGACCCACCUGCUCACACCUCCAUCUCCAGACCCACCUGCAUCACACCUCCAUCUCCAGACCCACCUGCAUCACACCUCCAUCUCCAGACCCACCUGCAUCACACCUCCAUCUCCAGACCCACCUGCAUCACACCUCCAUCUCCAGACCCACCUGCAUCACACCUCCAUCUCCAGACCCACCUGCAUCACACCUCCAUCUCCAGACCCACCUGCAUCACACCUCCAUCUCCAGACCCACCUGCAUCACACCUCCAUCUCCAGACCCACCUGCAUCACACCUCCAUCUCCAGACCCUCCUGCAUCACACCUCCAUCUCCAGACCCUCCUGCAUCACACCUCCAUCUCCAGACCCUCCUGCAUCACACCUCCAUCUCCAGACCCUCCUGCAUCACACCUCCAUCUCCAGACCCUCCUGCAUCACACCUCCAUCUCCAGACCCUCCUGCAUCACACCUCCAUCUCCAGACCCUCCUGCAUCACACCUCCAUCUCCAGACCCUCCUGCUCACACCUCCAGCUCCUGCAUCUCCUCCACAUGUCCUCAAACUGCACCAUUUUGUUUCCCUCCGUCGCCCCACAAACACUUUCAACAUUUGGAUAAUUAAGCAUUUAAAGGCUGACAUUUCUGACGGCUAAAUGUCUAAUUCCACCCGUAGGAUGGAUUAUCACCUAAUGAGAAAUAAAGUGACUUUCUGAAACACGGAGUCCUCGUUUGUAAAGAAGAAACUGAAUGAAGAGAGUCCAGCAAGGAUUUGUCGGCAUAAAGCUGAGUGACUCACUCAUUCGUGGCUUUGGAUCAAAAAUAAACAAGUACCAACAUUCUUUCUGAUAGAUAAAUAAAUGUUUUGAUCAAGUUAA